AUUUCCGUUCCUUUUAACUAACGUAUUAUAAAACUGAAAUUUGAAAAGUUCGAAACUUAGAUAUCUAUACAAAUACGAAUAAGUAAAUAUAAAAUAUAAGUUAUUUAAUAAUAGUAUACGAAAAAGUACAUAUAAAAUAUAAGUUUAUUGAGUUUUGAAAACUAAUUUAUUUUUAAACAAGAAAGAAAACAAAUCAAAUUUUUUUUUUAGUACUUCCUCAUAUCCUUGACAUAGACUGAAAAGGAAGAAAACUCCGUAUUGUUUUCCGUCGCAUUCAUACAAGAAAAAGAAUAACAUAUAUCAUUAGUAUGUAAGAGAAUUUUUAAUAGAAAAUAUAAAAACAUAUUUUAAUAGAAAAUAUAAAAUUCAUUAUAAUUUUUAUAUUUUCUAUUAUAAUAUAAGAGGCUGUGUAAACUAUGCUCUUUGCCUUAUAUGUUUUUCUAAUCGAGAAAAAAGUGUACUUUUUAUUUGAAUAUCAAUGACGGUUUAUUUUGUUGAUAUGAUUUAUUUGGUUUUUAGCAGAGUUUGUAACACUUUAUAACAAACGUUACACAUUAAUACGUUUUUAGUUUGAUUGACAUGGUUGGAAAAAAAAUCUAAUUACGUUCAGUGGAAUAAAAAGCAAAACAGAAAUCUCUAUGAAUAUUCAACAAUGGCUCUUGAGAACUGGAGAAAAGUAGAAAACGAGGUCGGCUACCCAUGUUAUAUUAAUGAAACAUCUGGUAAGCAGCAGUACGACCAUCCACAAUUUCUAAAAAUUCUUGAGUCUUUUGAAGAUUAUGAAGGUAUCAAAUACAGUGUUUACAGAAUAGCUUUCAAGGUCACAGCUCUUCAAAAGCACUUGAAAGUGCCACCUCUGCGGAUCAGUUCUGGAGUGUUUGCAAGACAUCAGCUCAGUCUCUCUGAGAGUAGUUUGUCCCUAGAUACAGCAGAAUUAGAAGCUGUUCUAGCUGAUAUUUACUUUGCUGCUGAAAAGGAAGGUCUUUUUGAUGGUGACAUUGACAUGACUGUGGAUAUGUUGAUAAAUCUACUCUUAAAUGUUUAUGACAAAGAGAGAAAAGAACCAGUUCGAGUUCUGGCAGCAAAAACACUUUUGAUUGUACUUAGUGAUGAGACUUCUAAUGACAAAUGGGUGGCCUUAGCCAACUGCUGUGCAGACCACAACUGUUGCGUUUCACCUCGUAGACUCGCUGCGCUACUGACAAACAUCACGGCUUUAACACAGUAUCUUGGAUGUUACGCUGAACACUUGCAGGCUGAUGUUAAUAGUUGUUUUGACAAGAAUGCUGGUAUGUUAGGUGUAAGUGCUCACAGUGUAGCAGAGUGGGGCAGCCAGUGUUGUACCAGCACACGCUGGCUACCUGUGAUGGAACGAAUAACAUGCAGCAGAAACUCUACUAGUGUUGGUGCUUUCUGUGCUGCUUGCAAACAUCCUAUUGUACAGAUGCUAAAAUUCAAAUGCUCAAAAUGCAAUGACAUAUAUUUCUGUGAGAAAUGCUAUUUGUAUGACAAAGACUUGAUGUCAGUUAAUGGUCAUAAGAAAACCCAUGUAAUAAAUGAAAUUAUUGAUGGAGAGGUGAAAUUAGGCGAAUGUAUGAGUUUUAUAAAAGGAAUGAAACGUUUCUUUUUUUGCACCCGGAAGAAAAAGCGUAAAAUGACGAAAAAGUGCUCUAAAAAGAGUAUAGAUAAAGGGGAAAAUUCCGGCACUGUUAAAAGAAGGAGCGAUGGCAAACCUGCCAUAUUUACUUCAACUGUGGGGAAGGCUUCCGGAAAUGGCGUUAAUAAUAGUCCGGCUAGUUUAUUACAAGAUAUUAUCACACAGUUGGAAACACAGAACAAAGCAUUGAAAGAUUUAUCAACUCAAUUGCAUAAUGUAGCGAAAGAUCAAGAAAAUAAUGGAUUGAGAAGAAAAGUUGACACACAUUGGACACAAAUAUCGACACAAAUAACGAGGCUAAAAGUACUUAAGGAUAAUUUAUCAACAAGUUUGAAUCAAAAUGUAGAGACUGAUACACAGAAGCACGAUAAAGUCGAUCGACCGCAAGCUUUCGAUCUCUUCAGUCCGAUACCAGUGCUCGAUGAAAAGCAAUCAAAGGUCACUGACAACAUGAAAACGCAACCCCGUGUCCUGAGUUUGGACUCUGGCAAUUUCUCUGUGGUCUCAAAACAAACAGACAGUCAGAACUUGCUGACAAUGUCAGGAGAUGCAUUGAAACCGGUGGUUGUGCAUACUACGUCUGACAGUAUAUCUACUGUGUCCGUGAAUGAUAUUAGUCAUUGGUAUAUUGAAAAUGAUCCAUCCGGAAACAGAACAACAGAUUCCUCGCGUAAACUUGAAGCAAAUGUGAACCAGUCUAUAUCAGCCACGGAGAAGAAAUAUGCUGCUGACAUCCGCAGCGUGGAGUCCAGCAACCACAAGAUGAGGGAACUGAACGCUGACUUGGACACUGUGCUCGAUAGAUUGCAGCAGAUACUCACCAAUAACUUUGCUGUGGAUGGUAAUUAUGGAAUAAUUUAUCAUCGUCAAAGUUCUAUAAAUGUUCCCGCUGCUGGGGCAAGAGCUUUCUGUGUGAAUAAUAAUAGUUUCUGGCUUCCACUUGUCUGGUAGAUUUCGAAGAUUAAAUUGAAAGUAAUAACAAUGUGCCACUGUUAGUGUGCGAGUGUGAGUGUCUAUAAGAUUUUCUAUUUUUAAUCUAAUCAUAAAUAGGUUAAGGUUUCAAAUUGAUUGAUUGAAGAAAUUUGACAGUUUCAUAGAACUGCCGUGUUGGCUCUACAAUUGACGUUAUUAGGACACAGUCAAGAUGACGUAAUACAGGAUCUCUCUUAAUAUGAGCCAUUUGAUGUAUAUUUAAUGUAAUGUUCAUAUUUACUUGUGAUUUCAUUAUAUACAAUGUUACAUGCAAUAUUAUGAAUGAUUGAUAUUUCAGAAACUAUAUUACUUAUAUUAUAUGAGAACUAUUAUUAUAGAACUUAUAUUAUUUUCUAUAAAUUGAGUCCACAUUCGCUGCUGUGUUGGAAAAUAUUCAAAUCCAAUUACUACAUUUUGUUUUCUCAUUUAAGACUAUAGUGUAAGUUGCAAUCCAGUGAUUUACGUAUGAUUUGUUUCUAGAUUCGUGUUUCGACAACACCCAGCUACGGGAAACUGCGAACGAGAUGGAAGGUCUACUGGGAACUUUGAUACGGGGCGUAGAACAACGAGCCACACUUAACGCCACUAAGGGUCUAGUCUAGUAUGAUCUCUUGAUUUGAAUCAGAGGUUUUCUAAAAUUUUUAUUCUCAAAGAAUCUCUUUAAAAUUUUAGUGGUUAAUGGACUCAUUCUGCAAAUAUCAAAAAGCUCAUUAAUAUGUAGAGGUUUUGUUAACACAAUGGAAUAAGAGAUUCAAAUAAAUACACUGAGAAAAAAUAUUAAUUAUGAAAUUAUAAUAAUUAUUAAUUAAGUGAAAAGACUAUUUAAGAAGGUUAAAAUAUUUUUAUAUAUUUAGAAUGAAACCAUUUGUGAAUGAAUGAUUUGAAUGAACGACUUAUGAACUUUUACUUGUAGAUCUGAACAAUGAAUGAAUGAAAGAUUUGAAUGAACAGCUUAUGAUUUAGUUGUAGAUCUGAGCAUUCCAAUAGGUUAUGGACAAAAUUUCAAAAAUAUUUUAUAAUACAUGUAGAAUACAUGGAUACAUGGAGAUCAUAUAAAAAUUUUUUUUUCGCAAAUUUCAUAAGAUAAAUUGCCAAAACGACCAUCGUUGAAUGUUCACCAUAUUAUUACUUUUAUACCUAUUUUGUGUUUAAUGGGAAU